AUGAAUAAAUUCUAAGAACUAAUAAUAAAACAGAAUUAGAGAAUUCGUAAUGCACUCUAUCAAAACCUCAUUAUUCUAGGAUAAUUUUUUUAUACUCUUAUAUGGAUUUUUAUAGCUAUAUAUAUUUUGGGAGAAUAAAGAGAGGACUUCCAAUUAAAAAUAUUUUAUUAUUUUAGUUUACCAACUAUUUCACUACAAUUCAAUGUUGAAUAAAUCAUCAUAUAAAGCGUAACGAUAUUUUUUUCAUUAACUUUCCUUUUAGCAAUAUUGUUUGGAGGAAAUUACAAAUAUUCAAAGAGGAUUGUUGAUUUGCUUUGGGAUGCUUAUCCAAAUUUAUGUUAAAUCAUUAUCAUUCAAAAUAGUGGGCAUAGCUUACUAACAGAUAAAAUCAACUUUACAUUAGGUGUAUUAAAUAUUUUUCUGGCAAUUGGAAAUUCUCAAUUAACCAGCUUAUAUUCAUUUUCAUAAAACCAUACUCAAAAAUUAAUAAAAUCUUAUUUCGAAAGGAGCAUCCAUCCACUAUGUUAUUCAGUAUUAGCAUUACUUGCAGGUUUACAAAUAAACAAUUUAUACUUAUCCUACAUAUAUUUAGGAACAUAAUUAAUUUUCGACCUUUAUUUUGGGAUAUUUUAUUAUGUAAAACCUCAUAUGCAAUAUUUAAAUGUUAAGACUUAAAGAUUAGUUGUAUUAUAUUCAUUUUUAAGAUUUCCAGUAGUGUUGUUUCUAUUUUAUUUUUAGGGCAACAACAUUUUAUUUUUAUCAUUAUUUUCCGUUCCAUUUAUGAUACAAAUUCAUUUAACAUUAUGGGACAAUAGAUUUAUGAACUUAAUAUAUAAAACAAAUAUGUUUUUCUAGUAUAUAUGUCUUGAUAAGUUUAGAGAGAGGGACAAUCUGAUUGAAUGUUAUAUAGCAUAUUAUUUUGAAAUUAUUGAUUAUAAGAAGCCACUUAAUAGGGUGUUAAUGCUGAGCAUUUUUUGUAAUCAUAUGAAUAUGUGUUAAAAUCUAAAAUGUUUCUGUUAAAAUAGAAACUUUCAUGAAAGAGUUAAAAUUACAACCCAAUUAUCAAUAGAUGUAAAGGAUAUUCAAUAAUAGAUAAAUUAUGCAGUAGCAGAAUAAGAUAUUUAAAUGAGCUUUAAGGAAUUAAUGUUGUUAUUUCUAGAUAAUUAUAUCAAGAAUGUUAGAUAUACUGUAUUGGGUGAAGCUUUAAUCUUAAAAUUAAGCUUAUAUGAAAUUUAUAGUUUUUAACAGAGACUAUUCUAAACAAAACUUAGAUUUUAAUAUCUAAAAAUAUUUUAUCAUAAAUUUCACCCUCAAUUUUUAGAAAGAUGGGCAACUUGUACAUAGGUUACUGAAAAAUUGCAACUUUACAUAGGCGGAAGUGAUAAAUUAAAUUUUAAUCUUACUAUUUCAAUGCAAUAUUUUCGUUUGCUAGAUAAAAUACAAACAAAUAUUUCUAGAGUGAUUGAAGAUAAAAUAUAUAUUUUAGAACUUUUGAAAAGGAAUUACUAGAAUGCAGUUCCUUAUCUGUUACAUUAAUCUACACAAAAAUAUUUCAAUUAAUGUAAUGAACUUGAAUUUUUAAUGUAAUAAGUGAUUAAACUUAACGGAAUAUCAUAUGAUGUAAGAGAGUUAUAAGAUGAAUUUUAUUCAUAAAUAAAGGUAGAUUAUGACUAUAAGAAUAUCCAUAAAAAAUCAACAAUUCCUUUUAUUAACUAAAAUUAAACAGCAUUUGUAAUUUGUGAUUAUGAAGGAGACCUUUUAAUAAAGGAUUAUUCGAAUAAUUUUAUCUCUAUGAUUAAUGUUAGUUCAUAAAUAAAGGGCAGUGCAAUUGAAUAAAUUGUUCCAGUUACCUUAUAAUAAUAUCAUAGAAUUGCUAUCUCUUAAAUGGUUAAUACAGGCUAAACUAAAUUAGUUAAUAAGGAAUAAUACAGUUUAAUGGUUAAAUCGGAAAAAUAUAUUUUGGAAGUGGAUGCAUUACUAAGAUUUGAUUAUAGAUAAUUAGAGUUUUUAAGGUUUAUUGGAUUCAUUCAAUUGCAUGAUAAGGAUAGCAUUUUAAUACUUGCUAAUGAGAAAGGCAAAAUUGAUUCAUAUUCUAGAUCUGCUGGAAUUCUGCUUACGUUAGAUGAAGUUGAUAGUAAUUCAUUAAAUUAUUUUUAUUUAUCCCCUUGUUUAUUAUAAGAAAAGGAAGUAUUUGAGUUUGAUGGAUUUUUAUUAAUUCCUAAGAGACAUUUAAGGUCAGAUAUUUUGAGUUAUAUGAAAUACUUUUUAGGAUCUCCUGAUGAAUGCAAUAUUUUUUUAGUUAAUGGUUAACAUUAAAAGAAAUGUUACACUUCAGUUACUAUAUAAUUUUUGAAAGUGAAUUCUUUUUAUUAAUUAAAAGAAUUUGAUUUUAAAUUAAUUGCUUUAGAUAUUAUGAUGAGAUAAAUUAUGAUCUUAAAAUAGGUAAGUAAAUCUAAAUAUUUGAUGCCAACAGAAUCUGUCCGCAAAAUAUAAACUUUUAAAAAGACUUUUAAGUUUCAUCAAACUCAUACUAUAGAAUUUACUGAAGAUGAGUAUAAUUUGAUUUAUGAAGAUGAUUCAGAAAGAGAGAUUUAAGUUUAAAACAAGAAUUAAUAUAUUCUUCCUGAAUUCAUUCCAUCUUUAGAUUCCAUACGAACUUAAAAUGAAAAAUUGUUACUCACCUUUGAAUAAUAUAAAGAUUAUCAAAAUAAUUAAAGUAAAGAUAAAUCUUUUGAAUAACAAUAAAAGUUAGAUACUUUGGAAGGGUCUAAGUCAGAGUAAGAAACAUAUAGCAAAUAAAAGAGGAAUACUCAUAAACUAAUAGAAAUUGAAUUGAAUUCUGCAGAAGAUCAAAAUAUCGAAGAAUAAUUAUAAAUUAUAUUGGCUACUGUUAAAACUAGAUAAACACGUAAAGAAUUCUUGGAAAUGAAAAAUCAAAUGAAAAAUAAACAUAAAGCUAGUACUUGGUAUGGUAGUGGAAAUCAAUAAACUUAAAAAAAACUAGUUAGAAGUAUUGUUCAUUAAUUUCAAAAUUCUACUUUGAAUUCUUUAAUUUAUAUGAAAAUAGCAUCAUGCUUUUUAGUAUUAAUAAAUGUUGGAUUUAUUCUUGGAUUUGUUAUUAAUAGUAUAAUCAAUAUUGCUGGCAUAUAAAUGGAUUCUAAUAAUCAAACUUAUCCACUAAUAUUAUUUUAAGAUAUCAAUUUAGUAUUAUUAGGGAUUCAACUUGAUGAUUGGAAAAACUCUUAUUAAGAAUUAGCACAAACCUUUAUGAUUUUAGGAGCUGAGUAAUACUAAAAUUUAAGUAUUCAUGUAAACGAUGCUGAACUUGACUAUCACACAUUUUUGUAAGAACUUGACUAAUAAACAAUUAUGGUAUAAGAAAAAGGAUUACCAAUUAAGUAUUAUUUAAAAUAUUUUCUUAAAAAUUAUAUGGUUGAAAAACUUAGAACAAUUGAAGAAGCUGCAUCUGUUCCUAUAUUUGGAGAGGAAAGUCAGUUUCUAUUUGAUAAUUAUCCAGAAUUAGCAUUAUAAUUAUGGAAUUUGAAAAAUAAAACAACAAGGGAUGUUGUUGAAAGAAUAGAUGAAUUAAAUUCAAUGUCAUAAUUAUUACUAAUCCUAUCUAUUAUAUGCAAUUUAAUAGCAAUAAUUCUAUAUAUGACGAUAUUAAUAAAUAUUAUUUAAUGGAGGGAUCAGCUUUAUUCAACAUUGUUUCUAUUUAACAACAUUUAAACUUUAAUUACAUAAUUAUCAGAUUCAAUCAAUCGUUAAAUUCUUCCUACCACAGGUAUGAAGGGAGAUGAUGAAGAAAAAAACAAGAAAAUUAAACUAAUUUGGCAAUUUUAUGGAAUUUUAACUUUUUUUCUUCUAAUGAUUAUCUCUUUAGGUGUUUACACACCACUAUUCUUGUAUAUUGAUUCUGUAAAUUAAUAAUCAAUUGAUGUUAAUUAACUUCAAACUGAACUGGCAAUGAUGUAGUUGAAAUAGUCUGUCAUUCUCACAUGGUUUGCUAUCAACCAAACUGAACUCAAGUAUAAUACUAAUUUAGUCCAUAAUACAUCUAUUAUACAAUAUGUGAUUGAUGAAUGUACACCCUCAGAAUAAUUUGUUUUAUACGAUCUCCCUUUUGAUAAUAAAUAUGAUUACUUUCCAGAAAUUUAGUAGUAUUCAACAAUCUCGUUAUGCGAUUGCUCCUUAUUAUAAAAUUAAUUGAGGAAUGGAUAUUACGGAUUUUAAUCUUAUGUUUCUUAACAUUUAUACGAUUAGCAAUAAUAAGAUGAAAUUAUGCUUGCCUACUAAAUUGUAUUUGAAUAUUAAAUCAAAAAAAAAAAAGAAUUUGACGACUAUAUGUAAAUUCGAUUAAAAAAUACUUAAUUAACAUUAUAAAUCAUAUUGGAGAUAAGUGUGAUAAUUAUCAUUUUGAUGUAAACAUUACUUCUAUUUUUACUCCACAGAUAAAUUAUUAAAAUAGUAAAAUCUGCUAAAAACAUUAUAUACUUAUUUCCUCCUCAAAUUUUAGCAAAUAAUAAAUAUACUUUAUAAUUAUUAAUAUAAGGUAGCAAUUAAUGA